GGGCCGCGGGCCGAGCUCUCGCGAGGUUUCCACCGCCCCCUCCUCGCUCCACGUCAGAAGGAACCGGGCGGAGCGGCCAACAUGGCGGAACGCAGGCGACACAAGAAGCGGAUCCAGGAAGUUGGUGAACCAUCUAAAGAAGAGAAGGCUGUAGCCAAGUAUCUUCGAUUCAACUGUCCAACAAAAUCCACGAAUAUGAUGGGUCACCGAGUUGAUUAUUUUAUUGCUUCAAAAGCAGUGGAUUGCCUUUUGGAUUCAAAGUGGGCAAAAGCCAAGAAAGGAGAGGAAGCUUUAUUUACAACCAGGGAAUCUGUGGUUGACUACUGCAACAGGCUUUUAAAGAAACAGUUUUUUCACCGAGCUCUUAAAGUAAUGAAAAUGAAGUAUGAUAAAGACAUAAAGAAAGAAAAAGAUAAAGGAAAAGCUGAAAGUGGAAAAGAAGAGGAUAAAAAGACUAAGAAAGAAAGUGUAAAGGAAGAAAAGACAAAAAAGGAAAAAGAGAAAAAAAAAGAUGGUGAAAAGGAAGACUCUAAAAAGGAAGAAACUCCAGGAACUCCCAAAAAGAAGGAAACUAAGAAAAAAUUCAAACUUGAACCACAUGAUGACCAAGUUUUUCUGGAUGGCAAUGAGGUUUAUGUGUGGAUCUAUGACCCAGUUCACAUUAAAACAUUUGUCAUGGGAUUAAUUCUUGUGAUUGCAGUAAUAGCAGCCACCCUCUUCCCACUUUGGCCAACAGAAAUGCGAGUAGGUGUUUAUUAUCUCAGUGUGGGCGCAGGCUGUUUCGUAGCCAGCAUUCUUCUCCUUGCUGUUGCUCGUUGCAUUUUGUUCCUCAUCAUUUGGCUUAUAACUGGAGGAAGGCACCACUUUUGGUUCUUGCCUAAUCUGACUGCUGACGUGGGCUUCAUUGACUCCUUCAGGCCUCUGUACACACAUGAAUACAAAGGACCAAAAGCAGACUUAAAGAAAGAUGAAAAAUCUGAAACCAAAAAACAGCAGAAGUCUGACAGCGAGGAAAAGUCAGACAGUGAGAAGAAGGAAGAUGAGGAAGGAAAAGUAGGAGCAGGAAAUACUGGAGCAGAAGGCUCAGGCGGAGAACGGCACUCAGACACAGACAGUGACAGAAGGGAAGAUGACAGGUCCCAGCACAGUAGUGGAAACGGGAAUGAUUUUGAAAUGAUCACAAAAGAGGAACUAGAACAGCAAACAGAUGGGGAUUGUGAAGAGGAAGAGGAAGAAGACCACGACGGAGAAACAUCAAAAUCUUCACACAAAAAAUCAUAAUCUGACUAAUUUGAGGACUGAAUAAGUGCAAGAGGUUGGAUUUUCUAUGUUGGCAGAUCAUCAUAAUGUGUAUGUGGCAUUUGUAGCAUUCUUUAAGUCCAUUUGCUGAAAGUAUUCGACAGCCAAGCAGUUCUAUUCAGUCCUUCAUUUUAUAGAACAUUGGUACUAUUAUUGGUACAGUCUAAAGCCAUUAAUAAGUUUUAUGCAUUUGAUAAUUUUGCAGUAAGUAGGUCUCAUUUUGAUAGUUAUCAAAGAUGAAUUUUCCACAAGACCUUUAGAUUAAGAGCAUUUUUGAUAGUUAUAUGGCUUUUUACUGUUAGAUUAAUCAAAAGGAAUAAAUUCCAACAUUUCAGAUUAUUCAUAGUUUAUGUAGCCAUUUCACAGUUUCUUUAGGUUAAAAUAUUUAAACUCAUUGUUCUUGAUAGUUAUGCUUUUUUUUUUUUUUCAUUAUAAAAUUCUACCAGGAAAUUUCUUAAAAGAUUUUGAGUUAGCAGGGUUCAAAAUUUGGUGAGAAAAGGCCAACUAGUAACAGUGCAGGAGCAUUUUUGGUUUAGCUAUAAAUUCUUCUUUCCAACUUAGGAAAUCCAAGCUGAAUUGUACGCUUGAUUCAGAGAAGGAUGGUCAUCUCCAGCAGGAAAGCAGAGAGCGUUGACUGAAAGGUGAUGGCUCUUCUCCAUCUCCUUGUCAUAACGUAAAGCAUAUUCUGUACAUAAUUUACAAAUAAAACAUUUUAUUUUAAUUGUUACUUAUUAUUUAGACAUUUCUCAACACUUAAAUUUACAAAGUUAAGAUCAUGUAAGGUUAUGUUUUUAGAGAAAUGGAAGUUUGGAUAACCCACGGAACAUCUGUAAUCUUUCUACAGCAGCUUCAGUUUUGUGCCAACAUUCCAUGUAUUUGACUCUAAGUAAAAACUGAUCCUUAUCAAAUAAGAGCAGACUUAAAAGUAGCUGUGUGUCCGCCUUAACGUUCAUUUCGAUUUUUUUUUUUAAUCUUUGCACUCAGAAAUGGGGUACUAUAUUUUCAGACCAGGAAGCACUGCUGUGAAAGGUAAUUUACUGUUCUAAAAUAUCAAUUUAAAAUAAAGGCUAUAAAAGAAAACAUAGAGAACCAUUGGCCUAUAAUUGCCUCAAACUGGUUUUGCAGUUUGAUUUUUGUCUUGCAAGGUAUAGUUACAAAUCUUAGAAAAAUCUUGUUUACUUACAGGCAUAAUCAUUCCUUGGAGUUAAACUCUACAAACUGAUAGUGAAUAUUAAAUGAUUUUCCUUGAGUCACAGUGAGAGUAUUUUGCUUUGUAGUUGAAACAGGUGGAGUCUGUAGGUCUUUUUUCUUUGGGCUGUUUACCAUCUAGGUGUUCGACUAAAAGUGUUAUAUUCUUCUAAUUGUGAAAAAAUACAUUGACACAUCUUAUUAAACAUGGCUCGGUUGCUUCUUCAUAGUAUUCCCCAUAAGUGAACAGGUAUGUGGCUGUUUGAUGUUAAAGCAACUCUGUCAAGGCUGCAAUCAUUUUGAGUUUUCUGUAAGCAACUAUUCAUUGAUUUUAGUGCCUGGGUACUUUUCCCUCACAUUUGCAGAAAUCUACAGUGAGGUUAUAUAUAAGAGUAGCUUCUGAGCUUCUUAAUCACUGGUCAUGUUAAUAUUAAUAAUACUUAUUUUGGAGUGUGAAUGUGGUACCAAAAGUCUUUUUCAGAAAUAAAAGUGAUUUUGUUAACUUUUACUAGUAUGAAAUCCCCAGGCACUCGGUAAUUAUCCUAAACUUUUUUUUUUUUUUGAAACACGGCCUCUCUAUGCAGUUCAGGCUGGCCUUGAGCUCACUUUGUAGCCCAGGCUGGUCUCAAACUCGUAACGAUCCUCCUGCCUCCGCCUCCCGAGUGCUGGGAUUACAAGCAUGAGCUACCACACCUGGCUGUUACCCUAAAUUUCUUUAUGCUACAUGUACUCUUGUCUAGUCUUAAAGACAUGGAGCAUAGCAGUUGGGGAAGUCAGCUUCUUAUUGAUGUGUGUGGUGGAUUCUUAAUAGAAUAUUGGUUCACAUUUUUAUAAAUAUUUGGUUAUCCCUGAGGGGAAUAAUCUUACUGUGAGAACAGAAGCGGGUUAGUGUAUUUUAUAAAUUGAUUUUUUUUCCUUAUUAGAAACUGGAAAACCACAUGUACAGUUGAUUCUCAUUAUUUGCAGUGCUUCUAUAAAGUUAUUGUGGACACUGAAUUAGCAACCACUGCACCUCGGGGAAAUGUAGGGCUAAGGUGUCUGCAAGCCUUUGGUUACAACAUUUUCUUCAAUGAAGUCAUAUGUAUACUUUUUUUAACAUAUAUUUUAAAGAAACAAUAUGUAUUGUUAAUUCAUUAACAUGAAUUUACAAUCAGUAGCAUUGUAACUCAUGCCUGAAUGAAGCUGUUCUAACGUUUGUAUUUUCUCCACCAGGCACAUCACAGAAGUUUUGCAAUUAGGGAGCACUAGACAGCUCUGCGGCACUAUUUUUGGGCCACUUAAAAAGAUAAAGUCACACGUGUGGUGGCACACUCCUGUAAUCCUAGCACCUAGGAGGCUAGAGCGGGAUGUUCACAAGUUCAAGGCCACACAUAGCUGUCUUGAGUCCAGCCUGGGGUACAUAACAAGAUCUUGUCUCAAUCCCCUGACACACAAAAGUGAAAACCUGUGGUAUUAAAUAGAGCAAAGGGAUGCUCGUGUAAACGUGAGAACUAGAAUGAGAGCUUACUCAACCUCAGCAGAGAAUGGACAAGUUGCAUUUCUUACUGUGCUGCACAUGGCUGCAAAAGCACUACCAAAACUGCAUACAAAUUUACAGAUAUGGGAUCCUCAAAACAUUGACUGCAUUUAACUCUCAAGUUGGGAUGUUUACCUACUUACAGAACAGAAUUGAUUGUUGCAUCAUAUUCCUGCAUUUUAAAUAACCACUAUGUCGAAUAAAUAGAUCCUUAUUUUUGUGUAGAUAAUUUGCUUUUACUGUUAGAGCAAUAUUUUCUGUGUUCCUUCAAUAGUGAGUAGUUACCAUACUCAACACAGCCUUGAAUAAAAAUCCAGUUGUGCCCUCUUGGACCAUCAAA